AUGGUUUCCUGUCCCAUUUGCGGGAAAUCCGUUCCGUCCCUAAAGAUCAACGACCAUAUCGACUCCAAUUGUGAGAACUACAUUGAGGAGCCGACAUCGAGCACGGGGGAGCCAGGAUCUUCUCAGAAGACUCCAGUACCUAGCUUCUUUCAGCCGACCUCUGCCCGAAAGGCCGCCUCCCAAAGCAUACCGCAAAGUGAUUCCCCGUCCGCACCUUCACCGCUACGACCCGUCAACGGGAAACGAACGAUUACACACGAGAAGGAGUCUGUCUUGAACGGGAACAAGCCGGAUCAAGAUGAAGUGCAAAGAGAGCCUAAUCCGAAAAAGCCGAAGGUGAACGCGCUUCAGAAAGCAGCACCUUUGGCUGAGCGUAUGCGGCCCCGGACUCUCGAUGAAGUCUGUGGCCAGGAGCUCGUUGGGCCGAAUGGUGUACUCCGCGGACUAAUUGAACAAGAUCGAGUCCCGAUCAUCGCGUCGAUGGUAGGGAGCAGAUUCGUGGAAAUCAACAGUACCAGUACCGGGGUCGCGGAAUGCAAAAAGAUAUUCGCAGAAGCCAGAAGCGAGCUCGGUCUGACUGGAAGGAAGACGAUAGUGUUCUGCGAUGAGAUCCAUCGCUUCUCCAAGUCACAGCAGGAUGUUUUCUUAGGCCCUGUAGAAAGUGGGCAAAUCACACUCAUUGGCGCCACGACCGAGAAUCCGUCUUUCAAAGUCCAGAGCGCUCUCCUUUCCAGAUGCAGGACCUUCACAUUGUCAAAACUGAGCGAUGAGGACGUCAAAUCUAUCCUUGACCGAGCUUUGAGAGUGGAGGGUCCCAACUAUUCACCGUCCUCAAUCGUAGAUGAUGAGUUGAUUGAAUACCUUGCUCGCUUUUCUGACGGAGACGCUCGAACAUCCCUCAACCUUUUGGAGCUGGCUAUGGACUUGUCGGGACGUCCCGGCAUGACCAAAGAAGAAUUGAAGCGAUCGCUUACCAAGACUUUGGUGUACGACCGCGCAGGGGAUCAACAUUAUGACACAAUCUCGGCCUUCCACAAAUCGAUCAGGGGCAGUGACCCAGAUGCUGCUCUAUACUACCUCGCACGCAUGCUGCAAUCUGGCGAAGACCCUUUGUAUAUUGCACGUCGCCUAGUUGUUGUGGCUUCAGAAGAUAUCGGCUUGGCAGACAACAGUAUGCUGCCACUUGCUGUUGCUACUCACUCGGCCGUCGAAAAGAUCGGCCUUCCAGAAGCACGCAUCAAUCUCGCACAUGCUACAGUAGCCAUGGCGCUCUCUAAAAAGAGUACUCGAGCGUAUCGCGGCUUGAACAAUACUUUUGCAGCGUUGGGGGAGCCGGGGGUUGCGGGCUUGCCAGUACCGAUCCAUCUGAGAAACGCCCCCACUCGAUUCAUGAAGGAGUUGGGGUAUGGGAAAGAGUACAAGUACAACCCGAAUUACCUCGAUGGUCAGGUAGUGCAAGAUUACCUUCCAGAGAAACUACUUGGCCGGAAAUUUCUUGAAGACCGAGAUCUGGGCACUAAGAUUGACCCUGAUCUUAUAGCUCGGGAUGAACAACAUCUGGAGCCUUGA